AUGCUACACUCAACUCCUCCAGCAUGCUUUUUAAGUUGUAUCAACGAAUUAAGCCAUCAAUGUCGUUCCCUAAGCGAUAUCACUUGUCUCUGUGGUAAGUCCGAUCUCUUAUUAGGAUGUUUAGUGGAUAUUUGUCCUUAUGGCACAUUUGAAAGCGCCAGGGAUCAUUACUUCGGAACUUGUUUGGAACAUAAGUACCAAAUCAAUCCACCGCAAGGUCAGAGUCCUCCAUUUUGGAAUCCACCGCCACCAGUUGCUUCUCCAUCAGUCACUUUUCAGACGGUAAGUUCUACUAUUACAACUGCUGUUACCUCUUCAAGGCCAACACCCCGACCAAUAAUCACAGCCUUUGUAUCUGAUUCUUUCUCCUCUCCUUUGAAUUCUUCACCUAACUUUCCCUACGCUUCGCUGUCAACAUUAGCCUUAGCAUCACCCGGUGAAUCUAAUUUGGUAGAGCUUGCUUUACCUCCCACAGUUGAUCGUGAAUAUCAGGACAUCGAGUUCUGUGAAUGGGAAGAAACUAAAUCCACUGAUAGUCAAGGUAAUCUUAUUAUUUUAAGAAAGCCAAUAGAUAUCCCAGAAAAAUAUAAGCCCGCGCCAAACAUGAAAUUGGACGAACCCACCAAAGUUGUUUAUAUUCUUAAGUAUGUCACGGAAGGUGCCACGGGAUCUAUUCCUGUUCCUGUGACUGUUGCAACCAAGACUCAGCUAUCAAUCGGCAAUCAAGUUGCACUGAGUACAACGAUCUCCAAAAGCAUGCCUAGGUAUCAUACGAAAAGAAUGCAAGUCAUAAGACGUAUGAAGCACCCAGGUCCAUCACCAGUGUCUCUUCAAACUGAGGUAAUCUAUGAAGGGUAUAUCGAGUAA